GGGGGUCGACGGGUCAUGAAAAAGUCGAUUUUAGACAAAAAUAUCGAUUUUUCAAAAACUGCAUAUUUUAAUAGAAAAAUAUAUUAGGAAUCACUUGUCAUACAUCAAAUUAUGAAAAUAUUGCACUUUAAUACUUAAAAACGUGUUUUAAUAGCAUAGGGGUAUCUAAAUUUGUUGAAAACAUUGCAAAAGUCAACAAAUUUCAGCAUGCUGUAAUGCAAGUGUCCUGUCUACAAUGGUAUCGUAUUUGAUAUCGUUUUAAAGGUCACACUGCGUACUACGUCAUUUUCCUGAUGAUUUUCCUAUCUAAAACUAUUUAUAGUAACUAGAGCACAAGCAAUGACGUAUAUAUCAAGGUUUUUACUAAUAUUUGAUUGGCUCUAACGUAGUCAAGUACAUAGAAGCUUAUUUUGAUUGGUCUCAAGGCGGCCAUCUUGGAUUUCGUAUGGUGACUCUAGACCACAAUGCAUAGCGCGUGUGUCAACAUCCCUGUGAAGCGUGCUCUCGAUUCAUUCGAUUUUGGAUUGCAUUAUCUAUUUUUGUUAGAUUAUCUUUUUUUCACCAAACAAGAACUAUGCCAGCCAAAGCAUUUACUGCCAAUACUAAAGCCAGAACUCGUCUGUCAAGAAAGCAUCAGACUGCGGCUGCCAGAGAAGCAAGGCUAAAUCAUCUCAAACAAGCCACCACUCCAAAAACUUCUGCAACCACUUCCAACCCAUCUAUAGUUGAACCCACUGUUUCAGCAUCUAAGCGUAAGCUUUCUUUUUUUAGUGAGGAAAAUAUUACAGGUAUGGGGAUGGCUAUGCCAUCAACUUUUGUUUGCUUAGAAUCACUGAAAUCACUUUUUAUAAAUCUUCAGUGUUCAUCUUGUGGCACACAAAACUUAAAUCUAACCCAUGACCCAAAAAAAAACUCUGGGCUUGCCAUUUAUCUGCAGGUUUUCUGUACAACCUGCCAAGAGGUAAAAGGUGACACUUUUACAUCACCUAAAUCAGAUAAGAUCCAUACUGUCAACAGACAGGUUGUUGCAGCAUCUUUGGCUACUGGUAUGGGUCAUGCAGGGCUUGUUAAAUUUUCUGAAAUAAUGAAUGCGCCUGUGCUUCACAAAAAAUCAUUUGGGCAACACACUAAAUUUGUUUUCAGCCAGUCUGUUGGCUAUGUAAACCAGAUGCUAAAAGAAAGUGCCAGUACUGUAAGAGCUGCCUAUCCUGAACAAAGUAAUAAACAUGUCAUUGACAUUGAUGUAUCCUAUGAUGGUACAUGGCAGACACGGGGGCACUCUUCAAAAUAUGGUGUUGGGUGCAUAAUAGAAAAUAAAACAGGUCUUGUAGUAGACUACCAUGUUCUGUCUAAGCACUGUCAUGUUUGUGCCAAGACAGGAAACUUUUUGAAACUAGAGGACCCUGUCAAGUACCAACUGUGGUACAAUGCACACAAACAGUCCUGUGAUAUAAAUCACUUUGGCUCUAGUGGAAGCAUGGAGCAGCAAGCUGCAGUGAUUAUGUGGUCACGGUCAGUUGAAAAAAAUGGCUUCAGGUAUAAAAGUGUCAUUUCAGAUGGAGACACAAAUACCAUAAAAGCCAUCCAUGAGCAAAACCCAUACCCUGACCUUGUUGUUGAAAAGAGAGAAUGCCUUAAUCAUGUUUCAAAAAGAUUGGGAACAGCUCUGAGGAAUGUGGUGGAUACAAAAAAAAAGCAAAAAAUAACUCUUGGUGGUAAUGGGAAAGGUAAACUUACCCAACCUAAAAUCAAUAAAUUGCAAAAGUAUUUUACAAAAGCAUUACGCUCAAGCACCACUAUUCCUCAGAUGCGAAAGGCAAUAUGGGCCACAUUUUAUCACUGUACAUCUUCGGAUGAUAAUCCUAUGCACAGUGACUGUCCUGCUGGCAAAUCUUCUUGGUGCUUUUACCAGAGAGCCUUGGCUAGAAACCAACCUGCAGGGUCACAUGAAAAAGAAAUGACAACAUUUCUUUCCCCCCUAGUGGCUGAGCAUAUUCGUCCUGUGUUUGAACGAAUGACACAGGAUGAAUUGUUACAACGCUGCAUCUUAGGGCAGACUCAAAAUGUCAAUGAGUCAAUUCAUGCUUUGAUAUGGAGUCGGUGCCCUAAGCAUUUAUUUGUGGGAAGAAAGAGACUUGAAGUCUCUGUAGGGGUAGGUGUUGGUGAGUUUAAUAUGGGCUCCAAGGCAUCCCAACUUUUCUUGAGCCACCUUAAUAUUAAGACUGGCAUACAGUCAAAGUCUUUGGGGCUCAAGAGAGAUUGUAACAGAAUCUCAAAAGCCCAGAGAUGCAUUGAAAAAAAUGAAACAAAAAGAAGGUUAUCAAGGAAGCAAGCAGAAGAACGUGAAAGGCAAAGAAUCGAACAACAGGAGGGUGGUCCCCAAUACAUCCCUGGUGGUGCAGACAUUUAAAUAUAUAUAUUUAAAUGAUUUUCCUAUUUUAUUUUAUUAACAAUGGUCAAUCCUUAUUAUUGUUAAAAUUAUUGUAUAGCCUUGUGUUAUUUACUGGGCAUUUUUUUUUUUGCUAAAAAAAAUAAAUUUUGGAUUGGUUAUGAUAUGGGGGGGGGGGGAGUUGGGGGGGGGGCAUUUUAAACUUUAAAAAUGUAAUAAUUUCUGUUUUCUUAACAUUUUAUUUCUAUGUCCUAUUGUUAAUUUGCUUAGAAAAAUACAUUUCAUUGUUGUGAAAAGUCAAAUGUCUCAUAUCUUUUGAGAAUAAACUUUAAAACCCAUUUUUCUCAAAAUAAAUUUUUUCAUGACAUACACAUUCUUGUUUUCUAUUUUUUUUUAAAUCUACUUGUCCUAUUGUAUUGUAAUUGUAUAUUUGUGUUAAUAUAUAUAUAUACUACAUAGUAACAGAGCCGAUUUUUAAAACAAUACCAAAAAAUUGAGAUAUUAACAAUUAAAGAAGCAUUUUUUAUCAAAUUUACCACCCGCAGAGCAUAAAAUUAACAGGAUUUCAAUAAAAAAAAUUUACUCCUAAGCCUGAUAGUAUUUUCAAAAAAGCUUCUGUUACUAUGUUAAACACAUAAUUAAGUAUUAAAAUGCAAAAUUUGAAUACUCUAACAAUAAUACUUUCAGAAAAAAAUCAAUUACAAAAUGGUCUUAAUUUUGCCCAUUUUAACCCAAAAAAGCCCGGUGGGGAAAAUUUAGCAAAUAAAAUUUAUUUUUUUCUUGUAAUAAUGACUAUCUAUACUUAUAGUCAUACUUUAAACAUAAUUUCAUUGUAAAAAAACAGUAAAUAAAAAAAAAGUUUCUGAAGGUAGAC